AUGAUGCAGUCUGUGCGAAUGCAGAACCUGUCCCUCGGGACAAACGAGGGCAUGCCCACAACGCCCAAGGCAGAGUCAAUUGCUCCGUCGUUGACCUACUCGGACGAGUCAGACGACCAGGACGAGCCCCUUCGAGCCGAGCAGCCUCGCCAGCGACGCGCCUCCACAAGGCUGAUUGCCCAGAAUGCCCGCGACAUCCAGCGCAUCACGGGCGAGACGACCGCCGAGUUUGUUACUCGCUGCUGCGGCGGGGGCUGCUGCUUGAUGGGCGGGGCGAGGCCGGCCGGCAUCGAGUACGAAUCCGUCCCGUUGCCCGAUAACGAGGCGUUCCGGUCCCUCGGCCUCAAGAUUGGCGACAUCCCAAAGGUCCUGACCAACAUUGUCGACCUCCCGGAGAAGAAGAUCUCCUUCAGCUCAGUCCCCAAGGCCCCGAGCCCGUCCUCUCCCACGGAUUCUGCGAUUUCUCUCGAGCGUGACGGCAGCGAUGUCGACAGCGGCAACAACCUCGGCCGGAUGGCCAUCGACAAGCUCCAGACCGUGGACACCACCAUUCAGCCGCCGCGAUUCGUUCAGCCUCAUCCUCCGUACAACGUUUAUGCGGCCAAGAUCCACACAGCGCGCGAGCUGACCAAAGCUGGCGCCGAGAAGCGCACCUACCACUUUGACCUGGACAUCACCGACUAUCCCGACGAGGAAAACACCGAUUUCAAGGUUGGCGGUGCCAUUGGCGUCGUUGCCCCCAACUCCGAGGCCGUUGUGGAGGAUGUCCUGGACGCCCUGAUGGUGCCGCGCUUCCUGCGAGACAAGCCGGUGCUGUUGAAGACGACGGGCGGGCGCUGGCCUACCGUCUGGGGAGACGACAAGCCGCGCGAGCUCGUCACCACGCGCCGGGAUCUGCUUACCUGGUGCGCGGACCUGCAGUCGUAUCCACCCACCAAGGCAUUGCUGCGAGUGCUGGCCGAGCACGCAACCGCCGACAAUGAGAAGAAGAUUCUCAACUUCCUUUGCGCCGCAGAGGGGCAGGGUGCUUUUUGCGACUUCCGAUCCGGCCCCAGUGUCACCGUUUCCCAGCUGCUGCACGCCUUCCCCAGCUCCCACCCGCCUCUGGACGAGCUGCUGUCGACGCUGCAGCAGCUCAUGCCGCGCUUCUACUCCCUCUCCAACGACCCGCACGAGUCCUUCCAGAGGGGCGACCAGAAGCAGCACCGCCUGAUCGAGAUAGCCGUCACGGUGCACGAGACGGGCGACUGGCGGGAGGGUUCUCGCACCGGCGUGGGGUCCGGCUUCUUUGAGCGACAGGCGCGCAAGUUCAUCGAGGCCCAAAAGGCCGGGGAGAAGGCGGAGUUUUACAUUCCCAUGUUCAAGGGUCUGAUGGCGAACCCCCUGGCCAGGCAGUUCAACGCCGAAGGCCCGAUGCUGCUGAUUGGAGCCGGCGUGGGCAUCGCCCCGUUCCGCGGCUUCGUGCAGCGCCGCCUGAAGCAGGCCAACUGCGCCAACAAGGUGUGGGUGCUGCAGGGCAUCCGCGACUCGCUGCUGGACGAGAUCUACAGCGGCGAAUGGGGCGUCCACGAGGAGGAGGUCAAGCGCGUGGUGCAGAGCCGCCGCGGCGAGGGCAGGUACGUGCAGGAGGAGGUGCGGAACCAGGCCGACCUCGUCUGGAGCAUCGUCAACGCCGUCGACGGCCGCAUCUUUGUCUGCGGCAGCUCAAAGGGCAUGGGCGAGGGCGUCGAGGAGGCGCUCGUCGACGUCGCCAUGGCCAAGGGCAACCUCGAGCGCGAAGAGGCGCGGAAUUACUGGCAGCUCAAGAAGGAGGCUGGCCAGUACAUUGCCGAGACGUGGUAG